AUGGUCUGGGGACACCCUGUGGGCACCCUGUGGACACCCCAAGGUCACUCCACAGCUCCAUGGACACCCCAUGGAUGCCCCAUGGACACCCCACAGCCUUGUGGACACUCCAAGGCCACCCCACGGUCCUGUGGAUGCUCCAAGGCCCCGUGGACACCCCAUGGACACCCCACGGCCCUGUGGACACUCGAAGGCCCUGUGGACACUCCAAGGCCACCCCACAGCCCCGUGGACACUCCAAGGCCACCCCACGGUCCUGUGGACACCCCAUGGACACGCCACGGCCCUGUGGACACCUCGAGGCCACCUCACGGCCCCGUGGACACUCCAAGGCCACCCCAUGGUCCUGUGGACACUCCAAGGCCCCGUGGACACUCCAAGGCCACCCCACGGUCCUGUGGACACCCCAUGGACACCCCACGACCUUGUGGACAUCCCAUGGCCCCGUGGACACUCCACGGCCCUGUGGACACUCCAAGGCUGCCCCAUGGCCCAGUGGACACCCCACGGACACCCCACAGCCUCGUGGACACUCCAAGGCCUCGUGGACACUCCAAGGCCACCCCACGGCCCCGUGGACACCCCGAGGCCACCCCACGGUACGAAGGGAGCGGGACCCUCGUGGUUCCCCAGGUACGGCCGGACCCCAUCCCCGUCCCCGUCCCCGCCGGCGCUCCGUGUGCCCGGACACGCGGCCGGCGGCGGCCGUGGGGCCCUUCCCACGCCCUGCCCGAGCCCCGGGGCCCCGGCCGGACCUGUCGGACGAGUCCCGGGGCCCCUCCCGGCGCCCCGAACCCCGUGGGCGGCUCCGACCGCUCUUCCCACCGGGAGCGCCGGGCUCGGCUUUUCCCGGGAUAAACCGGGCCUGGGGUGGGGAGGGAGGGAGGAGGGGGGCAUUGGAACCCCCCCCCCCCCCCCAAAAAAAAAACCCCCAAAAUCCGGGGUUUUCCCACGCGCUGGCGCGUGGGGGGCUCAUCCCAGUGCGGCCGGACCGGCCGGGAUCCCCUCCCCCACCCCCCGAAAUUCCCGGGAUUGCCCCCAAAAAUCAUCCCCCCUCCCCAAUCCCGAAUCGUAUUAAACCGGCGUUUUUCCAGA